CUAAACGGACGUAUACAAAAGUGAGGCGAAAUCUUUAUAAAAAGUUUUAAUUGAAAAUCAAGAAAAUAAAGAAGAAUUAUAUUAUAGAAUAUAGAAAGAAGUGAUGAAAGAUCAAAUUAAAAAUCAUCAAGCAGCCAAAUAUUAAGAAAAUAUUAUGCAAAAGUAGUUAAAUAAAAAAAAAUUUAAAUAUUGUAUGAUUUUAAAUUUAAAGCAAAAAAUUUAAUUUAAAAAUUUAAAAAAUAAAUUGUUAAAUAAGUAAUGUGCGCACUGCCACGUUAAAAGCACGCCACAACAACAAACAGUUUGGAGAAAUAUGCUACAAUAAUAAUAUUGUUGUUUUUAUUGUUUUUUAUUAUUAUUAUUGGUGUGGCUCGUUAUUGUCGUUGUUUCCCAGAGUUUGAAAUAAGAGGCCUCCGGAUAUAAAAGUGUAUAUCGGUAUUUGAGCACAUAAAUAUAUAAACACAUACAUAUAUGUACACACAUACAUAUAUAUGUAUGUCAGUCGCUCAUCGUCUGUGUACGUUCGUUUUAAAAGCAUAAGUGUAUCUAUGUGUAAAAGUAUGUCUAUGUUUGAGUAUGAGUAAAUACAACAAUUUCAAAUAAUAUUUGGUUUCAGUUCAGUGGUGUAUAUUCAUCUAGAAAAUGAUCAAUACAAAUUUUAUAGAACUAAAAAAAUAUACAUAUAUAUAAAAACAGAAAAAAUUCAAUUAAAUGCAAAUGACUUUAUUCCACCAGAAUAAUGAUUAAUUAAUAAUAAUUGAAUUUGGCAUUAUUUAAUUUUAAAGAAUGUAACAAAAAACACGGAAAAUUUUUUCACAAUUUAAAAUGUUUAAAACUGCUUCAAAUUCGCUCAAGUAUGUAAAGCAUCAAAAUGUGGUUUAAGUUUAAAAAUGUUGCCACACUCAUAAUUGAAACGUUUCAUUUAUUACUAAUAACAAUUCUACUCGGUAAUCCAUUCAAUGUUAAACAAAUUGACGACAUUGUUGUGAUGGCUUCCACAGCAAAAACGACUCUUGCAACAAUAAUGGCAAAUAGUGCUACUACAGCUGCCGACAAACAGCAACCAUCAACACCCUCAAUACUGACAGCUGCAUCAUCAUCAUUAUCAGCAGCAACGUCUCUGGCAGCAACAACAGCAGUAACAUCACCAUCAUUAUCCGCCUCCUCAUUGUUUUUCUCGGAAGAGAGUGUUGAUAAUGGUGCUGCCACCAACAACAAUCUUUAUGAUUCAACAUUUGCACAAGCAAUUGACAGAAAUGAUUCCAAUGAAAUCGAUAUUUUGAAUGAUGACAGUGACAACUAUGAAAGUGGAUUGUUAAGGAAUUACAUUAUGACAAAACAUAUUGCUUUGUCUAGCAAUUUAACACAACUACCAGCAACUGUAACAACGCUAAUAACAACAGAAGCAGCAACAAGAACAACAACGAAAUUAUUAAUACCCACUAUAAAACCAGCUAAAGCAACAACAACUAAAAUAACAAGUACAACUAGAAAACUAUUAUCCUUGUCAACUUUAACGUCUUCAGCACCAUCAUCAUCAUCGUCGUCAUCAUCAUUAUUAUCAUCUACGUUGCCCAUAUUAACAAAUAGUGAAGAUGAUGACCCAACGAGGUUGCAUUUAAACAAGACUCAAUUAGAUGUUCUAUCAUCACUUUCAUUGUUAGCAACAACAUCAUUAAAUGAUACAACAUCACCCCUAAAAACAACAACCGAAUUAAAAUCAUCCUCAACAUCCUCAUCCACAACCGCUUCCGUUUCCACAUCAAAUUUAACAUUUCCAAAUCAUGCGACGUCGGCGGCGGCGGCCACUGCCCUCAGGCAUAAAGGAAAUGAACAAAAUAUGCACAAUACCAACAGCCUCUUGACAGUUGACAAUGUUAAUGCCACUAUAGUGUCUGCCAACAGGACGACUACAUCGAAACUACAACAACAACAAUAUCAUCAUCAGCAUCAACAUACUAAGGAUACAGCCACAAAAAUGUCAUUACAGAAUACAAGUUCAAUUGCUAAAGGCUUUUCAAGUGUUACCAGCAGUAGUAGUGGGAGUGUUCCUGCCACUAGUAGUAACUCAAGUAUGGGAGAUCCUGUCACUGCCAAUGGAAAUAGUAGCAAAAUUAAUACAGGAACAACUAGAAUUUCAGCGAGAAAAGUUGAUAGCAAAUAUAUUUUGUCCAAAGCACAUAAAACAGAUGCACCCAUGCUUAAUUAUAUAUUUGAUACAUUUUCAUCGGCGAAUAAACAUCAUCACCAUGACCAACGCUAUGGACCACACUUUGAAGAUGUUCAGCUGGUGGGACAACCGACCAAUAUGACAGUACAAGCGGGCAGCAGUAUACAUUUAAAUUGCAGAAUAUCUCUACUACAAGAUAAGACUGUCUCCUGGGUUCGUCGCAAUUCACAAGGUGAAAAUGCCUUAGAUUUACUGACAGUGGGUUUGCACACCUACACCGGUGAUAAACGUUAUAAAAUGGAAUUUCAAUAUCCCAGUAAUUGGCGUUUAAAAAUCAACAAUGUCAAGAAAGACGAUGAGGCCACUUAUGAAUGUCAAAUAUCAACACAUCCGCCUCGUGUUAUACAAAUAAAUUUACAUGUCAACGCACCCAAAGUAAUGAUUGUUGAUGAAUUUGGGGAUCCUUUACAGGAGAAAUAUUAUGAACAAGACUCAACGUUACAGCUUUCCUGUGUUGUACGUAAUGUUGCCAUGUCAUCGUCGGUGGUGUUUUGGAAACAUAGUGAAGAUGUUUUAAAUUAUGAUGUUACCAGGGGUGGUGUUAGUGUGAAAACAGAAUUGAUGGAUGAUGGCGCCAAUUCAACAUUAUUCAUUGCCAAAAUCAAUAAAGCCGAUUCCGGUAACUAUACGUGCUCAAUUAGUGAAUAUCAAAACUAUACAAUCGUUGUACACAUACUAAAUGGUGAAAGUUUUGCCGAAUUACAUCAUGGUGCGGCCUUUGGUUGGCAGCAAUUGAAUCAUCAAACUUGGCUAAUUAAUCUGUUAUUGGCAACUAUAUUACUUUUACUCUUACCCGCCUACAUAUAUAGAUAAAAUUAAAUAUAUAUCACACAAAGACAUCUCUAGACACUUAACAUGGCCAUAAAGUCAAGGAUAUUUCCUCGAAAUAAUUAGCAAAAUAAUUUAUAUACAUAUUUACUAUAAUUUAAUUGCAAAACAACAACAGCAACUAAAAAAGGAUAAAAAGUACAUAUAAAUCUUUAGAGAUUUAAUUAAUAUGAGCAACUUAUGUAAGUAUCCUCUCUCUCUUUGAAAUGUUUUGAAAAAAAACUCAAGAAUUUUGUAAAGAAUUUUUAUUUAACAUAAUUAAAAUUAAAAAAAUUGUUCCAGUCAAACAA